AUGUCAGCAACAACACAUCCAUCUGAGGCUCGAUCCCUGACGAAGCGGCCUGAGACUUCUUUGGGAAUCCAACGCAAGAGGAAGGCGCCUUCAAGCAAUGAGGAAGUGUCUGCGGCGACGCCACCGGUCAUAGAAUCCGUCCUGUCUGGUGCAGAAGUGAGCACUCAAGAAAUGGCGAAAUCAGCUUGCAUGGGCUGCAGGAACAAGAAACGAAAAUGCAACCGGUUGAAGCCAGCUUGUGGCCAGUGUGUGAAGGACAAUCGACCAUGCACCUACCCGAACAUCCAAGAGACAGCAACCACAGGGUCCAUCGGAGACAUCGUCAAUCAUCCGAUGGUUCUUAGAAGUGAGGCAGUGAUCUCCAUUCCGGUCAUGUCAGAUGCGUCGACACAGACGUCCCAUUCGAGAGAGUUCAGGGACAUUGCCAUACAGACGCACGCAGCUGAGCCAGACAAAAUCGAGGUUGACAUGAAGGACGAGGGAACAGACCCGUGCAAUCAGUACAUUGAUGCUUCGAUGGAAACAGAAGGGUGUGACGACAUCUGGCUUCCUUUCGCCCAAGCCGCUGAGGUGGUUGUUUGGGCCUGUAGACGCUCCGAGGAGCAGAGACCGAAGGCUGUCGAAAUCUUCAAGAUCAUUGAUCCUUCCCACGAAGGCUACCAGAGCCAAGUUGAGCAGGCUGGGGUGUACGCUGCCAAAUUCGAGACAGAGCUCCGAGAGAAGUGUGAGCGGGUUUUGAGAAGGUGA